AUGGAGUUCAGUAGUGACCAUUGUAUUAGUCGAAGGCAAAAAUCUACUGCCAUGUUAGGUAACGAAAAAUACAAAAGUAGAGUAGUAUGGAGGUCACUUAAUCCAAGAUGGCUAGAACAACUAGACCUUCAUCUGUACGACGACGGGGACCAGCAACUAGAAAUCACCGUCUGGGAUAAAGAUAGAGCAAGGGACGAUUUCAUCGGAAGAUGUACCAUAAACCUCUCAGCCCUAGAGAGGGAACGAACGCACAGCAUUUGGCAAGAGCUCGAAGAAGGUGCAGGAUCUCUCCAUCUGCUUCUCACCAUAAGUGGGACCACUGCUUCAGAAACCAUAUCUGACCUGUCGACUUAUGAGGAGAACCCAAGAGAAAGACAAGCCAUUCUUGAACGAUACAUCUGGCAUCGCACCUUCCACAAUCUCAAAGACGUGGGCCAUCUCACCGUCAAAGUGUUCAAAGCCCAAGGGCUUGCAGCUGCUGAUCUGGGCGGCAAAAGCGACCCUUUCUGCGUCCUAGAGCUCGGGAACGCUCGCCUUCAGACGCAGACAGAGUACAAGACGCUGGCUCCCAGCUGGAAUAAAAUAUUCACCUUCAACAUCAAGGACAUCAAUAACGUUCUAGAGGUCACUGUAUUCGAUGAGGAUCGAGAUCAUAAAGUGGAGUUUCUAGGUAAAGUUGCCAUUCCUCUCCUGAGGAUAAGAAACGGCGAGAAGAGAUGGUACGCUUUAAAGGACAAGAAACUCAGGAGCAGAGCGAAAGGCAAUGGACCGCAGGUUCUCCUGGAGCUAACGAUGGCUUGGAAUCCCAUCAGAGCUUGUGUCAGAACUCUGAAUCCCAAAGAAGAGAAAUUCAUGCAGACAGAGGUGAAAUUCAAACGACAAGUGUUCGUGAAAAAUGUCCUCAGACUGAAAGUGUUCGUCAUGUACUUCUACGAAUUCAGUAAACUUUUUCAGAACUGUUUCGAGUGGGAUUCGAAACUACAAAGCUUCGCAGCACUAGUGGUUUGGCUCAUCCUCUGCUAUUACUUCAAAAUCUGGAUGCUCCCUUGCUUCGGCCUCCUAUUAUUCCUGAAGCAGUAUUGCAUAAGGACUUUGGCAGGGCCCAUUCAAGUCCCUUGGGACGAGACAGCCGACUCAGAUUUGGAUGAAGACGAGGAAGAUGAGCUGAAAGAGAAAGAAGAGAAGAAGAGUUUGAAGGAAAGGUUACAAGCCAUACAAGAAGUUACGCAAGGUGUGCAAAAUGCUAUCGGAAGGAUAGCUUCAUUAUUAGAAGGCGUUAAAAAUAUGUUCAACUUUACCGUUCCAUACUUAUCUUGGAUUGCUAUAGUUUUACUAGUACUAGUCGCCGUAGUACUUUAUAUAAUGCCAUUAAAAUACCUCCUGAUGCUCUGGGGUGCCAACAAAUUCCUUAGGAGAAUCCUCAGACCACAUGCAGUACCUAAUAAUGAAGUUCUCGAUCUUCUGUCCCGAAUUCCCGAUGACGAAAUGUUGGCGAGAACACUAAUUACUAGGAAAAAUACUAUGGCGUUCAUCCAGGGCCUACUCUUAGAGGCCCUGGUUAAUAACGACGAGGAGGCACAGUGA